GAACAAUCCUGACCAUGCCAGGAGCAAGGCGGCCUUGAUCGGCUGGAUUUUAGAUUGGAUGUUCCUCGGGGACUUGAAGGAGGCGACCGACUUCGAGCUUCUACAACGCCAGAACAUCCGAGCGGUGUUGAACCUGAUCAACUGGUGGGAGCUGAGCUCGCGACUUCCCGAGGUCUCGGAUUUCACAUCGCUCUACUCCUCGCACGACGUCGAGUUUCUGGAGGUUGACUCGGAGGAUCGGUUAUUCUUCGAUAUUGUCGAAAAAUGCUGGCCUCCAUGUGAAGUUUUCCUUCGACGGUGCAAAGCUUCGGGUCAUCGAGUUCUGGUCAAUUGCAAAGCCGGACACAAUCGAUCCGCAUGCAUGUGCGUAUGUUGGCUGGUGGUGCAUGAGGGUAUGACCCUUAUGGAUGCCGUCGAAGCUAUACAAUGUCGGCGAGGCACGAUUCUCUCCAACCAUGGCUUUCGACUCCAGCUGGUUCGCCUGGCACUUCGCUACAAUCGGCUGGGCGACGUCGAGUUCGCGCAGAAGUGGACAGGACAGGUCGGGCGCAUGCCAAGGUCCUUAUUUAAGCCGAGCAGCGGCACACGACUCGACAGUAUCAUCCAUCAGAAGCGAAUGACGGUACAGUACGACAUCAAGCCGGAUCAGGAGAACACUACAAGCUCCAUGCGAACAUCCUUGCAGACGAUGCGGCCUAGAAAGCUGUCCUUGAUUUCAGAGGAAGUGCGCAAUGAACUCAAUCAGCGUGCUUUGAAAAUGGAGCUCCUAGCUUGCCUCUACCAUCGCGGUAAGAAGUUCCUGGAGGACUAUGAGUAUACAUCGCAUCCGCCAACUGUUAUCGGCAGCGGCUUUAGCGGCGAUGUCUUCCUGUGCCGGAGAAAAGAAAGAGCCGCUGUCCGGCAGAACAAAGAGACCUACGAGCGGUGCGUCAAGAUGUUCGACCUUUCGCGGAUGAGCCCGGAGAAGUUGGACAAGCUGAAGAACGAGGCGGUGAUUUACCUUUCCCUUGAACAUCCCAAUAUUGCGCGGCUCUUUGAUGUCUACGAAGAUGAGGAGCAGGUCAGCUUGGUGAUGCAGUUCUGCUCUGGAGGCACCUUGGAGAACGCCAUCCGAACCAAUGGAGCUUUCAGCGAGCCCCAGUUUCAAGAAAUUGCUGUGCCGAUGCUGAUGGCCAUCAACUACAUCCACCGCGCGGGGAUCGUGCACCGAGACAUAAAGCCACGUAAUUGGGUCUACGAGGCUGAUGGUAAAACGAUCAAGCUCAUCGACUUUGGCUUCAGCGUUAAGGGCUUCCUCGGAAACGAAGGCUCCCUUCAAGGCUGUAUGGGAACGCUGGGCUACCUCGCCCCCGAAGUAGUUCUUGCGGGGCUGAGCAGCGACAAUGCCUACACUGACAAGUGCGACAUAUGGUCCUUGGGUGUCGUCUUCCUGGAGCUGCUGACGGGUGAACCCGCAUUUCACAGAGAUGCGGGGCAAUGCGAUGGGUACACGGAAGAGGUUGUGCUCAGAGAGAUCAAGGAAGUGACAGAGGAGUCUGUGGCAAAGAUCUUGGACCCACUCCCCGAAGAUGUUGCGACCCUGCUGCGGCGAAUGCUUACACGGGAGCCGGUGACAAGGCCUUCUGCAGCAGAAUGCUUGGACGAUCCAUACCUUGCCCACGCAAGGGACAGGUUGAAAGAUCCACCGCGGGCACUGCCUGUGCGGACAAUUCUAGAUCGGUUUCACGCGCAGUCGGUUGCCUCGCGCGCCGCCCGAGCCUGGUUGCUGGCGGUAGCCCGGUCACCGACGUAUCUACCUUGGGAGGACUUCAUGGCCAUGAGGGACACGUUCAAGAUGUUCGAUGCCCACGGCCUGAGCGGAACAGUAAAGUUCGACCAGUUCCUGGAGGUCAUCGAGAAGAAGUCACGAGACUCUCCCACGAGAUCCUACUGGGCCAGCUCGUUAAAGCAGGUGAGUGGGGAAGAUGACCGGUUCAUGGUAUCAGCGGCUGCCUGCCAACAUGACUCCAUUCGGAGAGUUUGGCGCGCGGUUUGCGGAGAGCAGGAUUCUCUGAGCUACUGCGAGUUUUUGGCCGUGCUCCUCCCUCCGAUCGAGGAUGUCUUCGAAGAUGCGGGGGAGAAAGCUCAGCCGGAAGACCUUUCUCCCUUGAACCCGAAGCAACAGUGGAUUCCCUCGAAGCCCAUCUCGGAGUACAUCGUGCGGCUGAAAAGAACCAGCACCAAGUUCUGGGCAACCCAGAUCUUCAACGAGCACACAAAGGUCAGAGAUGCUGUGCUGGAAAUGGCUCGCAAUCACAUGAGGUGGUGCCUGGUGAAGUACGAGGAUGGCUCACACAAGUUCUUCGAUUACUUCGACAUCAACCAUAAGUUGCUGGAGACGGCGCACACGGCAGACCAGGCUGCCAGGACCUUGGAGCUCCUCUGCGAGGCGAGCAUCGGGAGUUUGGCCAACUGCUCCAGAAUAUGUGCCUUUGUGCCAGCUUCGGUUGACACACCAGCGCGCGAGGUGCUAAAGAUAAUGGCAGGCCGGAAGCUUCCAAGUCCAAGUAGCGCCGACAGCUCUAGACAGGGCAAAGCACGGCGAGUACCCCUGAUGGAUGCAGAAGGCAACAUUGUCAAUGCCUCAGUUGCCAAGAAGCCUGCCGAGAAGGUUGGAGUUUUCUCUGCCCCAGAUUUUCUCCACUUGGCUUUGCGAUACACGGCGCCUUCGGCCGUUCUGAAAUCCUUAUCCGCAAAGGUCUUCGAUCGUCGAAGCACCAUCCUGCAGGUGUCUGUUCAACAAGACGAGCCCUUGCUCCAUGCUUUGCAGAACAUGAAGGCGGCAGGCCUCUCCAUUUGCCCGACGACAUCACGAGAGCUGUCUGGUGAUCUGGGCGGGGUAGUGGCCAGCAAUGCAGCUUAUGUGCACUUACGUGUAAGGAAGUGGAUCAUUCGUUUGCACCUGAGCCUGAGACAUCCUGGAAAUUUUGGCAGCUCUGGCAGGUUCGAUGCUUUGGGCAUGUCCGUUUGUGACUUCCUCUCCUGGCGCACAGAGGCCGAGGCCCAAAGCCUGGAUCAGAUUUUACGGCUGCAGCGGCUGCACCGUUUUAAUGUUGUCUCAGUUCAUGAGGGUGCGUCGCUUCACACCCUCGCCUUGCGGCUACUCGCCUCUAAGCUUUCGCGCCUCUUCCUGGCCUCGGACGAGAUCGCUCGGAUCGUGGGCAUAGUCUCCUCCAGGGACAUUCUUCUGCAAGUUCUAGACCAGAUAGUGUAG